GAUACAGAGACGGCUUGAGCGCCAUAUUGGAGUGUAACUAACUAGCUAUUGUUAUAAAUAGGGUCGGGGCUGCUGCUGGCUGAGUUUACAUGUUUUCUACAAGUUUGUUCUAAGGAAAAGAGAAAGUUAUCGGUUGGUCAUGAAAGAAAUGUCAGCGAACAGUAACAGUAUGCAUGGCGGGCAGCAGCCUCAGAAACACUAUGGCAUUACCUCAUCCAUUAGCAUGGCCUUCCCCAGGGAGGUGGACCAUCAGUACACACACAAGCUCAGCGAUGCCAUGAAACCCUUUGGCGUGUUUGAGGAUGAGGACGAACUCAACCACAGACUCGCAGUUCUUGGGAAGUUGAAUACAUUUGUCAAGGAAUGGAUUGCAGAGAUCAGUGAAACGAAGAACCUCCCACCAUCAGCGAUAACCAAUGUGGGGGGAAAGAUCUUCACCUUUGGGUCUUACCGGCUUGGAGUUCACACUAAAGGGGCGGAUAUUGAUGCCUUGUGUGUAUCGCCGCGACACGUGGAGAGGACAGAUUUCUUCGACUCAUUCUUUGCAAAGCUCAAACUGCACGAAGAGAUCAAAGACCUACGGGCGGUGGAGGAUGCCUUUGUACCUGUGAUCAAAUUCAAGUUUGACGGCAUCGAGAUUGACCUGCUGUUUGCGCGGCUGGCUCUGCAGUCCAUCCCAGAUAACCUGGAUCUGAGAGGAGACUCCCACCUGAGGAACCUGGACAUCCGCUGUAUCCGCAGCCUCAAUGGCUGCAGAGUGACAGAUGAGAUCCUGUACUUGGUACCAAACAAGGAGAACUAAUACAUUGGUCCAAACAAGGAGAACUUCAUGGCCUACCCUAGGGCCAUCAGGACUGUAAUACAUGGCCGUGGGAUCUACUCCAACAUGUUGGGCUUCCUGGGUGGAGUCUCCUGGGCCAUGCUGGUAGCCAGGACCUGCCAGCUCUACCCCAACGCUGUGGCCGCCACUCUCGUACACAAGUUCUUCCUCGUCUUCUCCAAAUGGGAAUGGCCAAAUCCUGUGCUUUUGAAACAGCCUGAAGACAGCAAUCUGAAUCUCCCUGUUUGGGAUCCACGAGUGAAUCCGUCAGACCGGUACCACCUGAUGCCCAUCAUCACGCCAGCCUACCCCCAGCAGAACUCUACCUACAACGUCUCCUCUUCCACACGCACCAUCAUGAACGAGGAGUUCAAAUACGGUCUCAGUGUUACAGAUGACAUCCUUCAGGGGAAAACAGACUGGUCCAAACUGUUCCAGCCACCCAACUUUUUCCUCAAGUACAAGCAUUAUAUUGUUCUGACUGCCAGUGCAUCCACAGAAGAAAAUCAAUUAGAAUGGAUUGGUCUGGUGGAGUCUAAGAUCCGUGUCCUGGUGGGGAACCUGGAGAGGAAUGAGUACAUCACCCUGGCACACGUCAACCCCACAUCCUUCCCCGGGAACAAGGAGAGCUGUAGCGAGAAUGAGUUUGUGUCCAUGUGGUUCAUUGGAAUCAUCUUCAAGAAAGUGGAGAACGCAGAGAGCGUCAACAUCGACCUGACCUACGACAUCCAGUCCUUCACAGAUACAGUUUACAGGCAGGCCAACAACAUCAACAUGCUGAAGGAUGGGAUGAAGAUCGAAGCGACGCACGUGAAGAAGAAGCAGCUCCACCAGUACCUUCCUGUUGAGCUGGUGCAGAGGAAGAAGAGGAGCAUAGUGGAGCUGAACCGGAACUCCAACGGCGGGAGUUCCAAGCGGUCCUCUCUCGACGGCAGUCAGCUGGACAGUUCCAGAGACACCGACUCCGGGACUCCCUUCAGCUCUCCCACCUCCGCCUGCAAGCCGUCCAGGCCGGCCACCUCAGACACAGACGACAGUUUGACACCCCCCAAGCUGCCAGCCUCUCUGUUUGUGGAGAACAGCUCCUCGGGGCCAGACGUCUCUCCACCCAGGGCCGAUCAGGAGAAGGGGUUGUCCAUCCCCGUCAUUGGAUCAAAGUCCAAGCCCUCUGCCCCAACGGGCCCAGUCGGUAGCACCAUUCCUACAGUAGUGGGUAGGAGCGUGGUCUCUCUCCCUGGCAGUACCAGCACUACAGAGCAGAACCAGAACGGAUCCAAGAGACUCCACUCCCCUACGCUGGAGGAUCAGUCCAAGAGACUGAAAGACAGCGCAGAGCCGCUGGCUGAUGUCUUGACCUUCAAGGAGCCGUUCCCUCCGUCUGGCGACGGCAGGGAGCAAGGGGACGGAGUCCAAGUGGUGAGUCCUCCAGCAGGCAGCACCAUUCCUACAGUAGUAGGCAGGAGCGUUGUACCCUGCCUGGGCUCCUCUAGAGAUACAUCCAGCCCGACAGAGCAGAACCAGAACGGAGCCACCGCUGCAGCCAAGAGACCUCACUCCCCCACACAGGACGGACCCCCCAAGAGGAUACGAGACCCUGCAGAUCUGCUGGUGUCCGGUGAUGACUCUGCAUUCAAGGAGCCGUUCCCUUUAUCUAGCGACGGCCAGGAGCAAGGGGACGGAGUGAACGUCGAAAGUCUUGGUGGGGUAAAGGCUAUGCCUAUUCCAACUAUCGACACAUCAAGAACACAGAGACUUCCCAGUAUGGAGCUGCCGGACGUGACUUCUCCCCUCCCCAGCAGUAACCACCAGCGAGUGGUUAAGAACUCCAUCAGACUAGCCCUCAACAGGCACAGGUAACCCCAGGUAACGCCCCCCCCCCCCAAACCCCUUCCUUCACGAGGCCAGGACCUACAACACUGACUAGCUCCAGACCUGAGAGAUCCAAAAUCAAGACGACUGUGGUAAAAACCUAGUGAGGAAGCCCAUUUUUAACUCUCCCGCUCACCCCACCCUGUCACUGGACGAUGUGCAACGACAGUCCCUUGUUCCCCCCAAAAAAUGUCAUCUCUGUUUCUAUGGUCCCCUUCCCAGUUGAGCCUGAAGCAGAAAUUAAAAUGCUGAUUUAAGAUUGGGUUGGAGAAGAGUUGGAUUUAUUUAUUUAUUUUUUUGUACAUUUCCCCCCUCUUCCUUUACUGUGUGUAGUUUUAAAUGGCCUUAACGUGUCGAUGCUUGCUACUACACCUGUCUGUACCACACUGAUGUUUUGACAAAUGGAGAAGUUCUACAGUAGGUGUAGUUUAUUGUACAUAGCUCGUCUUUAAAAAAUAAAAAAAAAGAAUCACAGACGUUUAGUCUAAUCCAUACAGCUGUUAUAGUUUUAUGAUCUAAAAUGAAAAGAAAAAAAAAGUUUAAAAAUGUAUUGUCCCCCCCACUGUUUGUCAACCACAUUACAACGUGACCUUGAUAGCCAAUCUCAGCCUUCCCACCCAGUAGACUCAGCAACUUGGGUUGUGUUCAUUUGGGCCCAACAUAUGAAAAUGUUUUGCAACAGAAACCUGAAAUGAGCAUUCAUUUUUGGAUAAGUUCAGAUGAUA